AGGAGGGGGCGUGGCCUCACUCCGCGCCUGUGCGGAAUUCCAGCUGCAACUGCUGUGGGGGAAAAUGAUGCCCAGGUUGGGCUCCCGGGCCGCCGGCCGAGAGGAGGCCCGCACUGCACACGCGCAGACCGAGCAUCCGCGUCAAAAGCAGAAGAGAGCGCGCGCUCCCCACGUCCUGCGCGCCCAGCUGCCAGGCAUUUGUCCCUGCCGCGACUCCCGCCGGGCCUGGCCAGGCUGGCGCGGCCUCAUCUGAAGAGCGAUGCCCCGGGAGAUCAUCACCCUGCAGCUGGGCCAGUGCGGCAACCAGAUUGGGUUCGAGUUCUGGAAACAGCUGUGUGCCGAGCAUGGUAUCAGCCCCGAGGGAAUCGUGGAGGAGUUCGCCACCGAGGGCACUGAUCGCAAGGACGUCUUUUUCUACCAGGCCGACGAUGAGCACUACAUCCCGAGGGCAGUGCUGCUGGACCUGGAGCCCAGGGUGAUCCACUCCAUCCUCAACUCCCCCUAUGCCAAGCUCUACAACCCAGAGAACAUCUACCUGUCGGAGCAUGGAGGAGGAGCUGGCAACAACUGGGCCAGCGGAUUCUCCCAGGGUGAGAAAAUCCAUGAAGACAUCUUUGACAUCAUAGACCGAGAAGCAGAUGGAAGUGACAGCCUAGAGGGCUUUGUGCUGUGUCAUUCCAUCGCUGGGGGGACCGGUUCUGGCCUGGGCUCCUACCUCUUGGAGCGAUUGAAUGACAGGUACCCCAAGAAGCUGGUACAGACAUAUUCAGUGUUUCCCAACCAGGACGAGAUGAGCGAUGUGGUGGUCCAGCCCUACAACUCACUGCUCACACUCAAGAGGCUGACCCAGAAUGCCGACUGUGUGGUGGUGCUGGACAACACGGCCCUGAACCGGAUCGCCACAGACCGCCUGCACAUUCAGAAUCCCUCGUUCUCCCAGAUCAACCAGCUGGUGUCCACCAUCAUGUCAGCCAGCACCACCACCCUGCGCUACCCCGGCUACAUGAACAACGACCUCAUCGGCCUCAUCGCCUCGCUCAUUCCCACGCCACGGCUCCACUUCCUCAUGACGGGUUACACCCCCCUCACCACGGACCAGUCGGUGGCCAGCGUGAGAAAGACCACAGUCCUGGAUGUCAUGAGACGACUGCUGCAGCCCAAGAACGUGAUGGUGUCCACAGGUCGGGAUCGCCAGACCAACCACUGCUACAUCGCCAUCCUCAACAUCAUCCAGGGGGAGGUGGACCCCACCCAGGUCCACAAGAGCUUGCAGAGGAUCCGGGAACGGAAGUUGGCCAACUUUAUCCCCUGGGGCCCCGCCAGCAUCCAGGUGGCCCUAUCUAGGAAGUCACCCUACCUGCCUUCUGCGCACAGGGUCAGUGGGCUCAUGAUGGCCAACCACACCAGCAUCUCCUCGCUCUUUGAAAGUUCCUGCCAGCAGUAUGACAAGCUGCGGAAGCGGGAGGCCUUCCUGGAACAGUUCCGGAAGGAGGACAUCUUUAAGGAGAACUUUGAUGAGCUGGACAGGUCCAGGGAAGUUGUACAGGAGCUGAUUGAUGAGUACCAUGCAGCCACUCGACCAGACUACAUCUCCUGGGGCACCCAGGAGCAGUGAGUCCUCCCUACUGCACCCUCUGGACAGUAAGCACAGACCCAUCAUACUUGGUUCCUCUGGUCCAAAUUCCCCUCACCAACAAGGUUCUAGAUUCUUCACCAACCCAAGAGUGGGCCUUGCUUCUUCCUUUUGAUGCCAUCACCCUUGAUAUGCUUAUUUAGCUCUAAUAAAGCUUCACUAGUUGUGAAUAUAGUCAGGCCUUGGUCUGUGAAUAACUGUCAGGCCUUGGUAGCUGAAUAUGGGGGACAAUGAAAGGAUCUCUGUGGUGCCUCACAGUUCCCAGGCAUGUGUUGGUAGGGUAGGCUUUACCUGCUCUAGUCUUUCCAGGUGGUCCCGAUCUGUGUCCAUUGUUUCCAUGAGCAUCCCUGCCUAGAACCAGGCUGUUUUACUGGAGCCAGUCCUACUCUCAAGACUACAGAGCAUUACUGAUGUCUGCUGUCUCCUCUGUGCCUAAGGUUCUGCCCGAGGGUGGAGACACAUUGCUCAUAUUGCCCCAGCCUCCUCCACUCAGGGCAGAGGCUGUGGAGGCUGCUAAAAGAAGGCCUGCAGCAUUCAGAGCAAGUCAAGAAAGCCAAGACUCUGGAUUCCCAGGCCCAAGGCAUUUAGAUCCUCAGGAGUUAACCCAAUUCAGCUUGAUCUGAUAAAGCAGUAACAGCUCAGGAGUAAAGUUGAGCCCAUCCCGAUCAAUUCAUUGUCUGCCAGAGAAGUUCUUGGGUCUGAUCCUGCUCCAGGCUUCUUCUGUUCCAGACCCAAAGCAGUAGGCACAUUAAAGAUGGUCCCGACUAAGACCCAGAAGCUGGACACCAGGGUAGGACUGGGUAGUGCCAGUCCUGGUGACUCACUGCCCUCGGGCCUCAGGGACGCCGAGAGGCCACCCCCAUGCCACUCAAUGGAAGAAGGAUGAGUAAUUGCCAGCUUCCAAAACUGCCCUCUUGUCUGCCCCACCCACCACCCUAGGGCAGCAUACUGGCCAGGAGGAGGUUAAAUCUAGAAGGUCAAGGAGGGUGGAGCCCUGCGGUGUUCAGACUCCUCUCAGUGCUGGUAAAAGCCUGGGAGUGUGGGCGUCCCUGGGGGUGGAGCUCUGAGCUCUGGGGCUCCAACUUGUCCCACUGACAACACUCCCACAGGAAGGGUUUGUGUAAAUAAGGAUUUUUUUUUUUUUUUGCUUCUCUUCUACAAAUAAAUUAAGAAACAAACUA